AAGAAGAAAGUUCCACCAGAAAGCAAAAUGGCGGCGUUCGGACGAUUGUCUCAAAUGUUGUGGAAGUCUUCUUUGACUCAAACCCGGCGUCAGUUUUCUGCUACUGCCGGUGGGCAUGACGCGGAUUCAGUUGGAACAUGGAGGAAGCUGACCUGGUUUGUGGCCCUGCCUAUGGUUGGAGUGUGCAUGUUGAACACAUACUUGAAAGCGAAGGAACAUGCCAACGACCAACCCCCAGAGUUUGUUCCAUACUCCCACCUCCGCAUUCGUACCAAGCGUUUCCCCUGGGGAGAUGGCAACCAUAGCUUUUUCCACAACCCACAUAUGAAUCCCCUUCCUACUGGAUAUGAGGGGCACGAUGACUAAACCUUCCAGACCUCUUUAAUAGUUCAAUAACUCUCUCAGCGUUUCUUACUGGACCGCACUUGGUACUGGCCUGUUUCAUUGUGUUUACCUGUGUGCUGUUGACACGGGCCACCUGAACCAACACUUCCAACGUUCUGGACCAUUUAAACAAAAUGUCCACUUAAACAGAAAUAAAGUAACUAAAACUUC